UUUCGUAGCAGCUGCACGGCUGGCUUCAACUCCCCCCACCCCCAGACCGAUGCGUCGGGGACGCCGGAGGCUGGGGACAGGCAGAAAAGCGGGGCGCGGCAGRGGACGGGGGGAGGCGCCCUGGUGGCCUGGGAGCAGGCCUCGGGUCCGGGGGGAGGCGGCCGCGUCGUAACUCGGUUUACACCACCGCCCCCCCACCUCCUGCCGGACUGGCCGGSGGCGGCCCUGCGCCGUGUCCCCGGGUCCCGCCAGCGCCGGGCGGACGGCACCGACUGGUCGGCGUGGAAGGCUCGCGCACUGGCAACGGGACGCCCAGCCGUCAGAGGGGCGUGCGUUCUGCGUCUGGGUUGUGGAACACAGAAUGGGCUGAACUGGAACCGACCCAACCGGCAGCCAAAGGAGCCGUCCAGCAUGCUGUGCCCACCCCAGGCUGAGGCGCACUGACCAUGAGCCUCAACUCCUCCCUCAGCCACAGGAAGGAGCUGAGCGACCUCCCCGCGGCGGAGAGCGGGCCCGGGGGCAGCGGUGUCCCCGAGUUCGUGGCCAUCGUGGUCAUCGCCGUKUUCGUCUGCCUGGGCAACCUGGUGGUGGUGGUCACCCUGUACAAGAAGUCCUACCUCCUCACCCUCAGCAACAAGUUCGUCUUCAGCCUGACGCUGUCCAACUUGCUGCUGUCGGUGCUGGUGCUGCCCUUCGUGGUGACGAGCUCCGUCCGCAGGGAAUGGAUCUUCGGGGUCGUGUGGUGCAACUUCUCCGCCCUGCUGUACCUGCUCAUCAGCUCGGCCAGCAUGCUCACCCUCGGGGUCAUCGCCAUCGACCGCUAUUAUGCCGUCCUGUACCCCAUGGUGUACCCCAUGAAGAUCACGGGCAACAGGGCCGUGCUGGCGCUGGUCUACGUCUGGCUGCACUCCCUGGUGGGCUGCCUGCCCCCGCUGUUCGGGUGGUCGUCGGUGGAGUUUGAUGAGUUCAAGUGGAUGUGCGUGGCCGCCUGGCACCGGGAGCCCGGCUACACUGCCUUCUGGCAGAUCUGGUGCGCACUGUUCCCCUUUCUGGUCAUGCUGGUGUGCUACGGCUUCAUCUUCCGCGUGGCCAGGGUCAAGGCACGCAAGGUGCACUGUGGCACGGUGGUCAUCCUGGAGGAGGACGCCGGCAGGAGCGGAAGGAAGAACUCCAGCACCUCCACCUCGUCCUCGGGCAGCAGGAGGAGCGCCUUCCAGGGAGUGGCCUACUCGGCCAACCAGUGCAAGGCCCUCGUCACCAUCCUGGUGGUCAUCGGUGCCUUCAUGGUCACCUGGGGCCCCUACAUGGUGGUCAUCACCUCCGAGGCCCUCUGGGGGAAGAACUAUGUCUCCCCAGCCCUGGAGACCUGGGCCACCUGGCUGUCCUUCACCAGUGCUGUCUGCCACCCCCUGAUCUACGGGCUCUGGAACAAGACUGUCCGCAAGGAGCUCCUGGGCAUGUGCUGUGGGGACCGCUACUACAGGGAGCCCUUCGUCCAGCGGCAGAGGACCUCCAGGCUCUUCAGCAUUUCCAACAGGAUCACAGACCUGGGCCUGUCCCCGCACCUCACGGCACUCAUGGCAGGAGGCCAGCCCCUGGGACACAGCAGCAGCACGGGCGACACUGGCUUCAGCUGCUCCCGGGACUCGGGGACAGACGUGAUGCUGCUGGAAGACUGUGCCUCUGAGGACACCCCGCCCGCCCACUGCACCUGUCCGCCCAAGAGGAGGAGCUCGGUGACAUUUGAGGAUGAAGUGGAGCAAAUCAAAGAAGCUGCCCGGAACUCUGUCCUCCAUGUGAAAGCCGAAGUACACAAGUCCUUGGACAGCUAUGCAGCCAGCUUGGCUAGAGCCAUUGAGGCUGAGGCCAAAAUCAACUUAUUUGGGGAGGAGGCUUUGCCGGGUGUCUUAUUCUCAGCACGAACUGUCCCAGGGGCUGGCCCCGGGGGUCGUCGAGGCAGCAGGGCUCUUGCGAGUCAGCGGCUGCAGCUGCAGAGCAUUGAAGAGGGGAACAUUUUAGCUGCAGAAGAGAGAUGAGGGCCUCAGGAAGGGCUGGGCUGGAUGGAGCCAGGGGUGCUGGCCUUCUCGGAGUCCCCAGCCAUCUGUGUCAGGGCCUGGGACAUGUCAUCACGCUCAGGGAAGGAAGCGCCUGGUGUGCAGCCGCGGAGGGACUGAAAAUGAUGGCACCGGUCUGUGACUUCAGUAUCUGCUGUGAGAUGUGUGUCGGCUGCUUCUAGGUCCCAGUGACAGAACCAGAGGCAUCUGAAGCACCCCGGGCAGAUGGAGGUGUGGCCCGUAGGAGGAGCAGGGACUUGGAGGAGACCACUGCACGGAYCCUUUUCUCUUCUUCACAACCUGUACCAGGAGUCCAGCCGCACACUGUCCCUGACGCCUUGGGCAGAAGCGGCCUAGUGUGGCSGAGCACAGCAAGGCACUCCCUAACCUGCAGCUUGUCCUGGGCUUUGUGGGCUCCAGGCAGGCAGCAUGGGGCAGCCACAGGUACCCAAUAGUCCACGGGGAGCAUCCAGGAGCAGGGAUCUGGUUAGGACCUGGCCCACAGGCUGCAGGACACCCUCCACCUCCCCACUGGCAGAUUCUUUGGUAUUUCAAAAGAAGGGAGAAACCACUAUAAAUAAGACAGAAAAGGCAGGUACCAAGUGUUCCACUUCCAGAAUUUAACAACAAGCAAACACAUCUGGUGAGGACAGGUCAGUGCGUCACCGAGACUGACUAGGGUUGUGGCACCAAGCCAAGCCAAGAAACAGACACUGUUAGUAGGAAAGCAGUUUCUGAUGGUCCUGUCUAAGUGCCCUGUGAGAAGGGCUGGCCUCGGGGCCACACGGCUACUCCUGGGAGCAAGUUCCUGUUCCUGUGGCCUGGGGGCAGCACAGGAUAGAAGGCACUGGACCUGGACUAGGCAAUUGGUCCUGGGCCCGGUCCUGGGCCCAGCUCUGCCUCGGCCCCCACAUCAUGGGACACCCUGUCGCCCCUCGACAUCCUUUGUAAAAUGGGAAAGGGGAGUGGGGAGUUGACCUGCGGUCUCAGAGAUCAUUUCUAGCUUCUGCUUUUCUAUGAUAUCGCUGAAUUGAUAAAUUAGAUACAGGGACAAAACCUUCGGAAGUGGAGCRCAAGACCAAAACUGGUACACCUGGGUGUAGCUCCUGAUGGGUGUGAAGCACUGCCAGUCCGCCCUGGCCAUGGCCUGUGUGGCUUGCUGUUUGGAGCACAGCCCUGAUGGAGUGCCCAGCCACAAGAGUGAGGGAGGAGGAGGGUGUGGCCCCAGAGGUGGAGGCACAGUGGUGAGGUGUUUCUGUGGCCAGGUUCCUCUCUUCCUGUUGAUUUGCAUCAGCCCUUGGAKUGUGGGCUUGUAGUUGCUGUGGUGAACCCCCUCCUGUGCUGCCCUUCUGCCUGGUGAUCACCUAAGCCAAGUUCAGGACUCUCCCUUGCCCUGGUCAGCAGGGGUACUUCCAGAACUUGCUGUGGAUGACUUCCAAAGUGUGCCCCUUGGGAGUCUCACCAUCCUCUGGAGAGGCAGCCUUUGCCGUGUGGCAGAUACCAGUGGCUGGCUGGUCCCUGCCCUGCAGCUCACGGAAGACCUUCUAUGAGGCCUAGGGCAGCCACCUCAUAGCGCCUGACCUCAACAAGGCAGGUGCACUGGCUUCCGCUGCUGGCCCACAGGCAGCCCACGCUCCCGCUGCCAGGUGGCGUCCGUUUUCUAUGUAUAUCUGYGUGUAUCCUGUCCUGUUUCAGAAGGGACCAUAUUCCUGAUUAGUAUGCACAGAGGUAGAACAGGGCAGAACCUUACCUAUGGAAUGAGUUCCUGUUUAGGGAAUUUUGAGUGCAGUAAACUGGCUUGGGACCCAAGGGCUGAAGAAAGCUCCCCUGAUUAUGCUGCUCUAGGGAAAGAAUGCAGACUCCAAGCCCCCAUUGCUGACCACAGACCAGCUGGGAUACAGUAGGAUUUAGUCUGAAUUAUCCUAGAAAAACUGCAUCUCACAAAAGGAUUCACCUUCCUUACUGAGCGAGGUCCAUUCAUUUUACUCUUCUACUGGACACUGCACACCUGCUGUUUGCGAAGCACCAAGCUAGGUGCUAGGGCCAAGAACACUAGAGUAUUUUCUCCCUAAUUUUGGGAGAAAUACCUGGGAGAUGUGAUUCUAAUACAAGUCAAGUAGUGAUUCUAGAAAUAGAGGUGGGUAUUUCCAACCAGGGAGUUAUGGAGACCCCCAAAUUGGUGACAGUGCGGCUGUCUUGAAGGAUGUCUGGYAACUAGAACCAUAUUCUGCAGUAUUCAGAAAUUCAGAUUGGCUCGGUUGAGCUAGAGGGAUGUGUGUGUGGGCACCAGGGGGCAAGAACAUUUUACAGUCCCCAAGCAUUUUGGAGAACACUGCUUUUGCAGCUCAGAACCCCCGGCUAAACCCACGCUCAUAUGUGGUGAACCCACGGACAGUGCAGGUGGGACAUCUGGCCACUUUUAUUUAAAAACCUCAGUCCUGGCAGGGGUGUAGCUCAAGGGUAGAGUGCUUGUCUACCAUGCAUGAGAGUCCUGRGUUCAAUCCUCAGGACCACGAAAAAAACAUAACACAACAAAAAUAAAAAUCCAGACCCACAUCUUCUGGCUUUGUUGAAAGGGGAAAACUUGUAGGGCUUUUGCAAGUCUUUGCUUGUUUCACUGAGAUUUACACCUGGCUCGGCCCUGUGCUGCUCUGGAUGCCAGUGGUGGGGGCUGCUGUGGCCCAGGAGGCACAGGGCCCCACGCGGAGGAACCCAGCUCAGCACCUGGCCCUUUCCCUGGCCACAUGAAGAUGAGCUCAGGUCCUGAGACGCCAGGUGGCAGCAGCAUGGCUGAGAAUGAGGGGACUGGUGGCUGAGGGCCACCCUGCUUUGAUCCUCCCCGCCCACUGUUCCCAUUCAUUUAGUUACCACCUCUGCUCAGCUGUGUGACCCUAAGCUAAUCACAGCUCCUGGAGCAGUGGGUGGAGAGUCAAGACAGGACCACCUGAUGCUCAGGUUCCUUGAUUCUCAUUUGCAGAGCUGCUUGGGGUCUUUCUGCAAAGAAUCGAACCACCAAUACACUAACUCAAUAUUUGCAACAGGCCAAGGCAGACAGGGCCAGAGCAGGAGAGGGAGGAACAGUGCACUGACUGGGAGGGACUGAGUGCUGACAGCAGGAUGCUGGGGUUCUGUGGUGUGCUCAGGCUGCCGCCUAGCGGCUGGGUCUUCUGGGCAAGCUGCUUGGUUUCAUGUGCAAAGUUCUGGAAUCUGCUUCUGUGUGAGACACAAGAGUUUAGGGAGGAGUCCCUCACAGGGAUGACGGGAACGUGGGCAAAGCACCCAGGGAGGGCCUAGGCUGUGGGAGGGCAGGGCCAGUGGCUCUUCUCCUCGGGCGCUCCCSGAUCAGGUCGGAUUGUUCCUUUUACAGGGGUCUCCCUGGCAAAAAGUGAGAAGUUGUUGAAAGAUAACUUAAUCCUAGAAUGGAGGUGCUGGCAGCUGUCAUUUGCUGAGCAGCAUAAAAGGACUGUGAGGAAGGGGACGGCAACAGGGAGGUAGGGAGGGAGCGCUGAGUAGCACCAGGAGCCCAAGGAGUCUGAGGGAGCAGGAGCCUCUACUAGAAACGCCCUUCCCCCAUGCGAAUGGCUCUUUGCAAAGACAACGUGCUUCUGUGUCGCCCUGAAUGACCAUGAGAGAGGAUGAGUCCCAAAUCAUGGUCUUAAUUYUACAGAGCAGGGGCAUCCUCGCUGGGAAGUGCUCCUCAGGUGGUGAGGACAGUCUCCCCAGCAGUGGCAGGCUUGAUGGGUUGUGGCUCUUUAGUYACAGCACCCAGAGCUCCAAGCCUCUGAGGGAGGAGGCAGAGACAGGCAUCCAUGCUGCUACCUGCAGUGAACACAGAACCCACAGGGAAGAGAGAGGAAGUCAGUCUCAGCCUGAUGCUUGGAAAAAUGGCCAUGACUAGCCAUAAAUGAGGAUGGGAAGGGGCAGACCAGCRCCAUCCUUAUGGUCAGAGAGGGGACAAACAAUCCAGGAAGGCCCAAGAAAACUGCCUGAGGUCUCAAAGAGUUAAGCCAGAAGCAGGGCCAAACUCCAGGUCUUCUCCACAAAGAGAGGGAGUCUUCACUUUGUAGCCCCAGAGGAUGAGGGAUAGUUAAAAGUCGCUGUUAAUACUGGGUGCAGUGAUAGCUGCCUGCAAUCCCAGUGGCUAGGGAGGCUGAGGGAGGAGGGUCGCCCUU